AUGGCAGGUCCCCUUCUCCCAACCCUGCUGCUCCUACUGCUGUCCUUAGCACCGGGAUCUGCUGGACAAGAGGCACAAGGCAACGGGGAAAGGAUUAUUAAUGGAGUUGUAUGUCCAAGAGGCACCCAUCCCUGGCAGGUGGCCCUGUAUCACAACAAUACCUUGCAGUGUUCAGGUGUGCUGAUCAACAAGUGGUGGGUUCUCACCGUCGCCCACUGCCACCAGAGUGAUUAUAUUGUGCAAAUGGGCAGUGAUCGUCUGGCUGGUGGGUGUGCCUGCAAGAUAAGGGCUACAAAGUCAUUCGUCCACCCCCAGUAUAACAACGUCACCGAUGAUCAUGACAUCAUGCUUGUGAAGCUGUGCAGAGAGGCCAGGCUCUCGUACAAGAUAAAGACAAUCAACCUACCGUCCAGCUGCAAAGACCCUGGGACAAGCUGUACUGUCUCUGGCUGGGGCACCCCAACUUCUCCAGAUGCAACAAAUCCAUCAGAGCUCAUGUGCUUGAAUGUCUACAUCAUCUCCAACAAGCAAUGCAAGGUGUUUUUUCCUACCAUGUUGAAAAAGUACAUGAUCUGUGCUUCUGCCAACGACGGACUCUCCUCCUCCUGCAGCGGCGACUCCGGGAGCCCGCUGAUUUGCGAAGGUUCCCUGCAAGGCCUGGUGUCCAGCGGAUUUUACCCUUGUACACCACCCUUAGAGCCAGUGAUAUACACCCGCAUAUGCAUGUACCGCAAAUGGAUAUCUGAUACCAUGAAAAACAAUUCCUAA